AUGAAAAUAGCUACCGACAAUUUAAACGAAACCGAUUUUAAAAUUUUAAUGAAUCAGUUAUGGCAAAAUAAAAUAUACGAGGCAGAGUUAUCAUACAAAGAAGAACUGAAAUACAGUAUGGACGAAGAAACUUCCGCUGACAUUAUAAGGAAAUGGAAAUUAGAAUUGUAACUAUAUAUUAAAUUUUUUAAAUUUAUAAUAUUUUAAAUGUUUUACCCUACCUUUCUGUAUAUUAAUAUGGGUAAUAUGGGUAAUUAUUUAAGAAAUUUCUUUACGGUUUUUGUUAACCUGUGUGUUUUUUCGCGUGUAAGCUCAUAAGUUAUACACAAAUUUCAAAAAAAAAAAAAAAAAUAAUAAAUAUCUUCUAAUUAAUAAGACAAUACCUUUAACAAACUAUAUAUAUUAUAAAUACAUCGGUAAAAUGUUUAAAUAUUAUACUAUGGACUAUAGAAGAAUAAAAGUACCGUAGUAGUAAUAUCAGUAGUGGCAAACAAUUUUAUCAUUGGAGGGGGAGGAUGAUGUUGUAUUUAAUUAAUGAUUAACUAGAUACUAUAUUUAGAUUUUCGUCUUUUUCAUAAAUUAUACAUAUUAGAGGAGGGGGUGUAUAGUUUUUAUAUUUUCCUAAACUAGCAAUUAUUUUUUUAAUUUUCCAAAAUAACUGUGGUUAUAUAUUUUAUUAUUGUUUUUCAGGCAGAUGGUGGGUUCAACUGCUGUGAAAGAAAUGUACGAUAUAAAAAAGAAGGAAGAUGAACGGGGAGAAAAAAAUCCCACUAAAAUAUACGAAGACAGGUUGAAGAUAGCAUUUGAUGACUUUAUUAGUAAAGUUACAAUCAACUGA